AUGCCUUGUGAAAUGAUAACCCUCCAACUCGGCCAAUGCGGCAAUCAAAUCGGUUUUGAGUUCUGGAAGCGAUUAUGUGCCGAACAUGGAAUAAAUCCAGAAGGAAUUCUAGAAGAUUAUGCUACAGAAAGUAUAGACCGUAAAGAUGUGUUUUUCUACCAGGCUGACGACGAGCACUACAUACCCAGGGCCGUAUUACUAGAUUUAGAACCCAGGGUGAUUAAUACUAUACUAAAUUCGCCUUAUUCGAAGUUGUAUAACCAAGAGAAUGUGUUUUUAUCGAAAAACGGUGGCGGUGCAGGUAACAACUGGGCUUCCGGUUUUUCGCAAGGAGAGAAGCUCAGUGAGGAAAUUUUUGAUAUUAUCGAUAGAGAAGCUGAAGGUUCUGACAGUUUAGAAGGUUUUGUAUUAUGCCAUUCCAUUGCUGGUGGAACUGGAUCAGGAAUGGGCUCGAAUAUACUCGAAAAAUUGUCAGACAGGUUCCCAAAAAAGUUGGUUCAAACAUACAGUGUGUUCCCCAAUUUGGAUGAAAUCAGUGAUGUGGUUGUGCAGCCUUACAAUUCAUUGCUGACUUUAAAGAGAUUGACGGAAUCUGCUGAUUCUGUAGUGGUUUUGGAUAAUACAGCUUUGAAUAGGAUCGCUGCUGAUCGCUUGAAAAUUCAGAAUCCCACUUUUACUCAGAUCAACAGCUUGGUCAGUACGAUAAUGUCCGUUUCUACAACGACUUUGAGGUACCCAUCCUACAUGAACAAUGAUCUAAUGGAGUUACUGGGUCCUCUCAUUCCCACUCCCAGGUUACAUUUCUUGAUGACUGGUUAUACUCCCCUAUCUACAGAUACCGAUGAAGCCAGUGUAAGAAAAACCACGGUCUUAGACGUCAUGCGAAGAUUAUUACAACCCAAAAACAUGAUGGUGUCUACUGCGCAAGACAGGAGCUCGCAACAUUGCUUCAUUUCCAUCCUCAACAUCAUCCAGGGCGAGGUCGAUCCCACUCAAGUGCACAAAUCCUUGCAAAGGAUCAGAGAGAGGAAGUUGGCCCAAUUUAUCCCUUGGGGUCCGGCUAGCAUCCAAGUGGCUCUGUCUCGCAAAUCGCCCUAUAUACAGUCGGCGCAUAGGGUUUCUGGGCUCAUGUUGGCCAAUCAUACCAAUAUUAGUUCGCUAUUCGAUAGGGCUUUGAUUCAGUACGACAAAUUGAGAAAGCGCGAGGCAUUUUUGGAUCAAUUCAGAAAGGAGGAUAUGUUCAAGGAUAAUUUGGACGAGUUGGAUUCUAGCAGAGAGGUCGUCCAAGAUUUGGUUGACGAGUACGUGGCUGCUACCAAAGACGAUUAUUGUUUGUGGGAGAAAUAA